GUUGACCUUGGUUAGCUUUGCAUUUGGCCGGCUCAGAGUCAUGGCCGCUCUCCGAAGCAGACUGAACAACGGCUUGCUUCGAUUUUGGAUUUACCAGGCGGUUGGCAUAGAAAACAGAUAUGUUCACAGUGUUUUCAAAGAUGGAGAGAUCUUUUCAAAAAAGAUAUAUUCAUUUAAACAAUCAUCUUCAUUGAUUUUUAACCAAUCAUGUGGCAACCAUAUCACACUUACAUCACACAGCUACUCACAAACACCAGAACAUGAAAAAAAAAGCACUGAUAAAUCCCAUCGUAGUCCUCAUUCCCUGGUAGAGAAAGAUUUAUCAUCCCUUACAGACGAAAUAAGACAGGAAUUUAGUACAGCAUCUAAAGAAUUAUGUGAGGUUGUAGAGUAUUAUUUUGAUGGACAGGGCAAAGCAUUUCGUCCCAUGGUUGUUUUACUCAUGUCCCAUGCUUGUAAUAAGCACAUCAAUUUAUAUAAUCCACAAAUUAUAAAAUCUCAAAAGAGAAUAUCAGUGAUAGCUGAAAUGAUCCACACAGCUAGCUUAGUUCAUGAUGAUGUCAUUGAUGCAGCAGAUACACGAAGAGGCAAAACCAGUGUCAACUUGGUGUGGGGGCAAAGAAAAUCCAUUUUAGCUGGCGAUUUUAUUUUAUCAGUAGCCUCAAUGGCCUUGGCACGAAUACGUAAUGAACAAAUAGUGACCAUUUUAUCUCAGGUUAUAGAGGAUUUAGUCCGAGGUGAAUUUAUGCAAUUGGGAUCUAAAGAAGAUGAAAAUGAAAGAUUCUCACAUUAUCUCAGGAAAACCUUUAAAAAAACUGCCAGUUUAUUAGCCAAUAGUUGUAAAGCUGUAGCCGUAUUAGCUAAUUGUGAAGAAGAUGUAACAGAUAUAGCAUAUCAAUAUGGACGUAAUAUAGGUAUAGCUUUUCAGUUAAUAGAUGAUUUAUUAGAUUUUACGUCCUGUGAUAAAACAUUAGGUAAACCAACAGCAGCCGAUUUAAAACUUGGUUUAGCUACAGCACCUGUUUUAUUUGCUGCACAACAGUAUCCCCAGUUAAAUUCUCUUAUCAUGAGGAGAUUUUCUAAAAGUGGAGAUGUUGAAACUGCUAGACAUUUGGUUGCCAAGAGUGAAGGAGUAGAACAGACAAAAUUGUUAGCAAUUCAACAUGGAAGAGAGGCUAUACGACAAAUAAAUCAACUUGAUCAAUCAGAUGAACAACGAGCCUUAAUAAAUAUAGUUAAUAUGGUGUUAAAUAGAUCUAAAUAACCCUAGUUAGCCUAGAAUAAUUAAUUGUAUCUUGUCUGAUAAUUAAUACUUGUAAAAACACUUCCAAUAUAAAAUGUUCCCUCAAGGUUAAUUAGGCCAUAUAUUCCAAACUUUAAACUGAAAAUAUAUUCUUAAAAUGACAGGGAAAAAUAAAGUUAUUGACUGAAAGAGAUACAUAUGUUCACAAUAAAUAAAAUAUAAAUAGACAGAAAGACAUCCUUAUCUACAGCUUGUAAUCAGCACAUAAAAUACCCACUGAAUACUUAAUGUUUCUUGUUUCAUGCAACAAAUUCCCAUGUUAUUUGGAUAUAUCCUCAGAUCAAUGAAAUCUUUAGAUCUCCUGGUACAAGGGUACAAAGCAAUAUGAAAUUACAACUUUUCUGUCUUAAGCAAACGAAUUAAACGGACCACAAAGGAAUCUACACAUGUUCAGUUAGUGAGUACAUUCUGAACAUUAUAAACAUUCAUGGUUAUACAAUACUACUACAACAGACAGUAUCUCACACAUUGCAUUCGAUGAAGGGUGCAUAUUUUACCUCUCAGUGCGCCUUGUAUUCCCGUAUAAAUUAUAAGUUGGAUUGACCAACAAAAAUGUUAUAAUGUGUGGAAUUACCUGAACAAGUGAAUUAGAUUUCAUUUGAUCGAAAGAUAAUUUAAUUAAACUAAACUAUGGUUCAAUCAAACAAAUUUACUCUUUAUGGCUUCAAAUGUUGACAAUCAUUUACGUUUUUUGUAUAUCUUUAUGAGAGAAUUUCUUGAUAACAAUAUUCUAUAGUAAACCCAAUAUUAAUAUUUCUUUUCAAAUAUUUUUGUAAAAUACUUUACUCUUUGUUAUAUUAACAGAAGUACUGUUAUGUAUUGUAAUUGGCCUUAAAUGUAUAAUUUUGUAAGUAUGUUUGGAAUGUGUUUCAAAUUUACAUCAAAAUAGCAUAAUCAAAUGAAUUCUCAUUUGAAAAUAAGCCCAAAAAUGUGAUACUGUUUCACUACACAAAGAUUAUUUCAUUUGCUGUGCAUAUCCAUAAAAAGGCAAAUUAUCAGACAAGAUUGUUGUCAAUUGUUUGAAAUAUUUAUUAUAUACAAUAUUAUUAUUACAUUUAUAUUUUGUAAAUAAAUUGUUGAUACAAAAUUUGAUAUGCUAAUAAUUGGACUUUUCCCUAUUAUUACACACUUAUGUGGAAAUGUGGUCGUAUAUUGCCGUUGGUUCGUGGUCCACAAUUUCCUCUGAACACUCUACAGACUACAUUUAUUAUCUGAUCAGUUUGAAAUUAAUACAUAUUCUUAUACAUUAGUGAGACGAAGAAGCCUAUUUAAUUUCAACAAUUUCCGUUACAUGCAUUAUUUCAAUUAGUAAAAUGGAGAAGACUUUCAAAUUUCAUCAAUUUCCAUUUAUAACUUCUGGAGUUAUGGCCCAUGUGUUACGUUAAUUACUUCUAGAGUUUUCACCUUUGUUGAACCAUGUGAAUGCUCCAACAACUAAAGUUAUUAUCUGA